UUCCGCGUUGUUCGCAACAGUGUGAUGAUUUGUUGGAAAUAAAUUAAUGUGCUUCGAUAAUGCGACAUGGCUAUGGCAUUGUUUUAUUUAAUUUUGCUUUUUAAAUCGACGCCAAGUGACUUUACAACUGAUGUACAUAAACACACGCACAAAGGUGACAAAGGCUAUUGUUCAGAAAACGACUGGCUGGAAUCCUUCACAGUUAUUAGACGCCUCAUAAACAAUGGAUUCCACAGAGAGCUGGUGUCUCAUGUGCAGUGUGCCGCUGCUGUUCCUGAGGGUUCCCAGGUCCUGCUGUUGGAGAAGCUGCCCCAGGGAGUCUAUGUAGAUCCAUACCAGCUGACUUCAGCACAGGAGCACAGUGACACACAGUGUCUUUGUGUGCAGGUGCUGCUGGCCUCUGAGAUCGAUUUGGAGGCUCCUGCCUAUUUGUCCUCUGGGUUCUCUGCCCUGGUUUAUGCCUCACUGGACCCCCAGUGCAGCGGGUGCUUUACUACCACGCUGCCCGUUCACGCCCGAUACCACCGGCCAGCUGGCUCCGGGGAGGCAGAGCAGCGGGUCAGCAUCGAGAGCCCCCGGCUACUGGUCCGAGCUGAAGAGAGCACCCUGCCUCUGGCCUGCCCCCAGAACAAGGUGACCGAAGCCCCCUGCACUGCACAGAACCACAGCCUCUGCGUCUGGCUGGAGAUUCACUACCAGCAGGAGCUGGAAGCUGUCAGUCUGCAGAUUCCUGUGGGAGACCAGCGGCAGGUCCUGGCUGUCUGCACUGGGACACUCUCUGUCACCCUGCUGUGCUGCUGCAUGAUCCUGGGAGCUGUGUGGAAGCAUGGCCACUUCCAGCUUUAACUCCUGGGUACUGCUCUGUAACCUGCACAAGCAGACAGGACAUUACAAGACACUGAAUCUAAGCCAUGGUUACCCUACCCACAACAACUGCUCUUCCAGGGGUGUCUCAGUACAUUGAAAGCGGUCCUAGCUAAUGCCGUACCUGUCGUACUCUUACAUAUGCAAUCAUGAAAGAAACACAUGUUAUUGCAAACAUCUUUUCAUUCCAAAAAUAUACAAGGUUAAAGAAAACAUGCUUGAGUCAUUCUGUUUCUGUUUUGCUUCAUUGGUCAUUUCACCACAGUAGUGUCAGCAGGGGGUCAAAGCAUGCGAGUCAUUAGGGAGAUAACAGGAAGGAUAUGCGUUGAAGGGGUGGGAAGACGCUCACUGUGUUGGCUUGUGAAUUGAUGACUCCUGUUGGUGAGAUGAUGAUGAUGAUGAUGAUGAUAGUAAAAGCUCUGUAACUACUCCAGCUGCAGAGCCUGUCUCUUGUGUGGUGGUUAAUACGUUCUCUUGUGCUGUGUGUGGUCACCCGUCUGCGCUGUUACACAGGCAAAAAGUGAUUUCUUUAACCAGUACCAGAUGUCAUUUUUAAAAAGGAAAGUGCAGGUUUUAUGUAACAUUUGUUUCUUUCAAAACUGCAGUGAAUGUGCACAACAGAUACGAUUUAUGGAAAACAUUGUCUAAAAAAGGACAGAGUGCUGUUGUGGGCUGAGUAUCAAAAACUAUAUAUUUCCUUGGGGAGCACAGCACAGGUGCUUUUCAUACCUUUUCAUUAGGUGGCUGUAUAAAAAAAAAAAAAGAAUAAUUAACACUUAAAUGUCAACUUUGGGUAGAAAGCAUCUUCUGGCUAAACAUUAAAGGAGUGCUAACCAGGGCUUUCCAUUUGCACCGUAGAAAACGCAUCUUGUUCCAGCAUGGUCAGCAUCAAUGGUGUGAGAUACAGAAGCACCUUCCUCCUGUCAGCUGCCUGUCUGUUGGAUCUUCUUGUCUUUCAUCAUUACACAAACUGACUUGCAACAGGGAGAUGCAGCUUUUAUAUAUUACACUUGGUAAUGUGAGGGACUGCCCUUUACACACCACUGUAUUUAGAGUCCUUACUUUUGAAACAAUGCCUCGUGAAACAUCAGUUAUUCGUGCAGUCUUGGAUCCGGAAGGAAGCUCCUGGCCUUAGCCCUCUUGAAAUCUGUCAAAUCUGCCCUCUUUGACUGCAGUUACUUAACUAUUGCAGGUGUUUCUAGCAGUGCAGGCUAUAUUCACACAGUGUCACUGCAGCCAGACAUUAGGAAACCCAAACACACCUGCUCAUGCCCCUAGAUGUUUGCUCUGUAUUCAGUUAGGGCUGUAAUCCCUUACUGGUGAUACUGAAAGAUAUUGCAGGAUGAUCAUAUGCAAAUUCAAGGUCUCCUCUCCACAACCACACUGCUGAUGGGCUGGCACAUGUUCAGUAGCAGAGUUCAGUAGUGGCUAGCUGGUCUUAGGUGGGAAGAAGGUUGUGUUCUUUCACCUUGGGAAAAUGUAAACAAACUGGAUUGUCAACAAGGCUUGCUAAUGAAGCCUGAAAUAUGGCGUAAACAGAAAACUGGCAUUGUAAUUUGUUGGACAACGGAAAAUGGUUUUGAGAUAUUAAGCAUGAAUUAAAGUCUUUACCUAGCAGUUA